ACAGGCGGGACUUAAGUGAACGAGAAAUAUGAGACGGUACAUGUAGGAGAUUGAGGAUGAGAAUGAUUCGUUGAUUUAAAAGAUUAGUUCUCAAUCAAAACAUCAAUACUGAUUCGUCUGUAGCUUCGAAUCACAGCAACUAUGGAUGAACAGACGACCCCUGUUCGCCAGCAGCAUGUUUUUCACGUAAAGAAACUGCAUAGGUAUUUGACAGGGAGACUUCAGAGCGUUUCGGAAAACAGUCAGUUUUCCUUGCGGCAAUACAGGUAUGGUCAGUCCAAUCCGACAUUUCUAAUUCAAACACCAAAUAAGAGCUUUGUACUCAGAAAGAAACCUCCUGGAUCUUUGCUUCCUGGUGCUCAUAAGGUGGAUAGGGAGUAUCUUGUCCAGAAAGCACUGCACUCCAUUGACUUUCCUGUUCCUCAGCCUUUGCUUUACUGCUCGGACACAAAUGUUAUCGGCACAGAGUUUUACAUCAUGGAGCAUGUUCAGGGCCGUAUAUUCCGGGACCCAAGGCUACCAGACGUCAGUGCAGCAGAACGCAGUGCUCUGUAUGUAGCUGCAGUUGAGGUGUUAGCCAGACUUCACUCUGUUAACCUUACCAAACUUGGCCUAGUAGGAUAUGGGAAAGGGGCAGGUUAUGCCAAGAGGCAGGUGUCAACAUGGAUAAAGCAGUACAGAGCCUCAGCACACAAAAUCAUUCCAGCUGUAGAUGAUCUUGCUGUUUGGCUGAGCAACAAUGUGCCACCAAUUGAUGAGAAAGUGACCCUAGUACAUGGUGAUUUUCGGAUUGACAACCUGAUAUUCCAUCCAUCAGAGGCCCGAGUACUAGCGGUAUUGGAUUGGGAAUUAUCCACAAUUGGGCAACCACUUGCAGACCUGACUUAUUUCCUUAUGCCUCAAUACUGUUCCUCCCAUCUCAAUAUUAUUACUGUUCUUGGUGGAGUUACAGGGAUAGAAGGUAUCCCUUCAGCAGAAGACUUGAUCUCCAUUUACUGCCAAUGCUGUGGAAUUCCUCCUUCACUUCCAAAUCAGAAUUUUUUUACUGCCUUGGCCAUGUUUAAAAUGGCCUGCAUUGCACAGGGUAUUUAUGCAAGGUCUUUGCUGGGGAAUGCUAGUGCUCCUAAUGCGGCUGAGUUUGGAGAGAGCGUGGAACCUUUAGUUCAGCUGGCUCUGAAGAUCGCCCAUAGUUCAUCUUUGGAUGUACAAGUCCCUGAUAGGUUAUUUCUCCAGUCAGCUAAAGGUUACGCUGUCCUCCAGCAGGUUAAAGAGUUCAUGAAACAACACAUACUGCCUGCACAGAAGGAAAUUACUAAGUACUAUGUCAAACACUGUGAUGGCCCUGAGAGAUGGCAAACACCUCCUGUACUGGAGGAACUAAAGGCAAAAGCUCGUGUAGCUGGGCUGUGGAAUCUGUUCUUGCCAUCAGUGAGUGGACUAUCUCAGCUGGAUUAUUCCUACAUUGCUGAGGAAACUGGACAGUGCUUCUACGCCCCUGAGGUCUUCAACUGCCAGGCUCCAGAUUCAGGGAACAUGGAGAUGCUGCACCUGUUUGGUUCUGAGGAGCAGAAAAAGCUCUGGCUAGAGCCCUUACUGCGAGGAGACAUACGAUCCUGCUUUUGCAUGACUGAGCCAGAUAUUGCCUCAAGUGAUGCGACUAACAUGGAGUGUACCAUACAUAAGGAUAAAGACCACUACAUCAUAAAUGGCAAGAAAUGGUGGAGUAGUGGUGCAGGCAACCCAAAGUGCAAGAUCGCCAUAGUGAUGUGCAAGGGCAAAGCAUCUGGCAGUAUCAGAAGACAUGAUCAGCACAGUAUGAUUUUGGUUCCUAUGGACACACCUGGUGUGAGGAAGAUUCGACCUCUUACUGUGUUUGGACAUGAUGAUGCAUGGCAUGGUGGCCAUUUUGAGAUAAACUUUGACAAUGUUCAUGUUCCUGCAUCCAACAUUCUUUUGGGUGAGGGUCGGGGGUUUGAGAUAGCUCAGGGUCGGCUGGGCCCAGGUAGACUGCAUCACUGCAUGAGAGCAGUUGGACUGGCAGAGCAUGCACUGGAGCUGCUGUGCCAAAGAUCUGGGAGCAGAAGUACCUUUGGCAAAAGACUAUAUCAGCAUGAGGUGGUGGCUCAUUGGAUAGCAGAGUGUCGCAUUGCAAUAGAGCAGGUACGUCUAUUGGCUCUCCAUGCAGCUUAUAUACUCGACACACAGGGGAACAAGGCUGCGAGGAAACAGAUUGCAAUGCUGAAGGUAGCAGCUGGCAGGAUGGCUUGUAAGGUGGUGGACUGUGCCAUUCAGGUACAUGGGGGUGCAGGAGUGUCUGAUGACUUCCCACUUGCACAAAUGUAUACAUAUGCACGAACUCUUCGUCUAGCUGAUGGCCCUGAUGAGGUUCAUCUGUCCUCCAUCGCCCUAAUGGAGCUCAGGGAUCAGCUUGGACAGAUAGCUGCCAAACUCUAAAUUAACCACUUUUUGUUGAUUUAAUUAUUUUUGAAAUCUUAAUUUACUCUAAUCAAAUUAUAUUACUCCUUAUGAAUCUAAUCAUAACUAAAACAAUAAAGUGGAGGUCAAAUGUCUAAGAGCACUAGUGAAAAAGCUUUUUUUUUUUUUUUUUUUUUUUAAAUAAUUUAUUUUCAAUACAAAAAUUUGAAAUUUUAAUACACAUUAUAAUUCUGACAGCAACAUGAGUGGAAAAAUAGAAUCUUUGAAAUAUGUAUUUCAUAGUUUUUUCGUGGAAUUUUAGGCCCUGUCCACAUGAACGCAGGUAUUUUUAAAACUAUUUUUGAAAACUCCUGCCAGGGUGAAGUUUUUUUUAAAAACUAUGGUUGCAGUGUUAUUGUGUAGACAGCGAAACCGGAGAUUUUUGGCUUGUGAACAGGGUUGCCAGAUUGGACUGAACACAACUACAUCUUAAACCCUGCCCAUUUAAAAAAAAAUAUGACCCCAAAAUGCCUACCAUUAUAACUAAUACAAUAACAAACAGUUAUAACAAUUAAUAACUUUGUGAUAUCGGCUUAACGAGUAGAAUGAUUACAACAACCCGCUAAUCAAGACUGAAGUCUGACUGGACAGGACUCUCCUGAACCUUAUUGGCUAAACUGAACCAUAUAAUUAAAACAAACAUUACAUAUUGUACUUUUUUAUUUAUUCAUUUGAAUAGAGAAUUAAUAAAAUAUCGUGUUUAUAGUCAAAAAUAAAAACCCGCCAGUUGCAUCAAAAACCAGCCCAGAUUUUAUCAACCUGCCCAAUGCACUUUUUCCCGGUGAGACGUGACCAAAAGAAGACCAAUUGGGCGGAAACCCACCCAAUCUGGCAACACUGCUUGUGAAGUCGGUGUCUGAGCCUGAGAGGCUUCUUAUUGGCCAACAUGGCUUUACGGUUGAGAUUAUAUAGUAUUAUAUAGUUUUGCAUGCUCUUGACAGCACUUCAGACCACGUUUUUGCGUUUUCAUGUGGACAAGAUUUUUUUUAAAAACGAAGGAGAAAAAACUCAGUUUUUAAAAAUACCCAUGUACGUGUGGACUAGGCCUUAGAGACUUAGUAUUUAUGUCCUUUUUUUUGCUUUAAUAACAGUGUUGAGUUAUGAGCACUUACUUUAGUAGACCAAAUUAGGCAUGAGGGAAAUUUGACCUUUAGAACAAAGAAAUUCAGUAUCACAAACUUUAAAUAAAUAGUGCAAACUCUUUAACACUGCACACUUUCUUUCUUUCUUUGAAAUAUUCAGAUAUUUUAUUUUCAGGUUUUCCCCAGAUUUUCAGUGUGGUGUCAGACUAUUGACCCUGUGUGUGUGCAGGCACCAUCCCCUUUGUUUAUAAACAGCUAUACACCUGCACAUGCACUUGCAGUUAUUUAAAUACCAGAAUAUGGGAUGAAUUUGAUCGAUGUGACUUUUAAUUAUGGCAUGGUUGUUGGUGCCAAGUUUUUAGAUGCUGCUCAAAUGGGAUAUUUCACAGCCUCUGGAGUUCAUUCAGAAUGGUGUGAGUGAGUGAAGUGUCUGCAGACUGAAACACUGUGAUGAGGAACAUCAGUGGAGAAUGUGUAGAAUGGUUUCAGCCAACAGGAAGUCUAUAGUAACACAAACACUUUACAAUCACAGUGACUAGAAAGAAUGCACAGUAUAUCAAACCUUGAGGUGGAUCACAGUAGUAGACUACAUUGGGUUCAACUUUAGUCAAGAACAGAAUUCUAGAGAAAUAGGCUAUCAUGGGCACAAACUCACAGAAAUAGGUCCAUGAUAGCCUCAUAUUUCUGUUAUUGGCUGAUGGGAAUGGAACCCACUGUCGUCUUCUCUUGUUUUAGCCCAUCCACCUUAAGGUUCAAUGUUGUGUGCAUGCUGAGAUGCUUUUUCUACUCACCGCAGCUGAGAAUGAUCGAGUUGCUAUAUCCUAUCUGGCAGCUGGAACCAAUUUGAUUGCUCUUAUCAGUAAGUCAUUUCCACUUACAUAACUGUUGCGUUUUUUUUCUCUCCCCACUAUUUUGUGUAAAUUAUAUAAACUGUGGUGUGAAAAUCUCAGUAGAUCAGCAGUUUCUGAAAUACUCAAAUCAUCCCAUCUGGUAUCCUGGUAUUUAUUUUAGAUUCAGUCACAUUUUUUUAAACCUCUUUUUGUUGUUUGAUGUAAACAUCAAUUGAAGCCUUAAACCUGUAUCUUCACCCAUUUAUGUAGUGUGCUGCUGCCUUAUGAUUAUGCAUGGAUAACUGCUUAAAUAAACAAGAUGAUGAUUCAGAAA